GACAGAGUGACAGUGCUGGAUGUGAGGAUGAGGUCCACUUUGAUCUGUGUGCUGGGAUUAUUCUUGAUGAAUACACUCUGCUACGGACAAUCUGAAGUUUCCAACAAGGCUGUUGUGACUCUGCAACCCAACUGGUCUCUGAUAUACAGUGGUGAGACAAUCACUGUCAGAUGUGAGAUAGAGGGAGGUGGAAACACUGGAUGGGAAUAUGAAUGGAGAGUAAACAACUUGGACAUAUCUCACAAAGAUAAUGAAUACAAGAUCAUCAGUGUUUCCCACAGUGGAGACUACAGGUGUAAGGGCAGAAAGGACUCAUAUUCCUCAACAGAGUGGAGUGAUGUCUUCAGAUUGACAGUAUCAUCAAAUAAACCCAAACCCACACUGAGAGCAGACAAAACCAUCACACCAGUAGGAGGCAGAGUGAGACUGACCUGCACUGUGGACGGUUCUGCUGACUGGAAAUACGACUGGUUCAGACAAACCUCUGAGUCUUCUGGACCGCAACUCAUAAGAAAUGUUAACCCAAACAGAGCCAUAAGUGUUUAUGAAGGAGGCAUCUACUACUGCAGAGGAGGAAGAGGAGACUCAGUCUUCUACACAGAGGACAGCAACAAAGUUACUAUUCAGGAAACUGUUUCCAACAAGGCUGUUGUGACUCUGCAACCCAACUGGUCUCUGAUAUACAGUGGUGAGACAAUCACUGUCAGAUGUGAGAUAGAGGGAGGUGGAAACACUGGAUGGGAAUAUGAAUGGAGAGUAAACAACUUGGACAUAUCUCACAAAGGUAAUGAAUACAAGAUCAUCAGAGCUUCUGUUUCCCACAGUGGAGACUACAGGUGUAAGGGCAGAAAGGACUCAUAUUCCUCAACAGAGUGGAGUGAUGCCAUCAGAUUGACAGUAACACCAAAUAAAUCCAAACCCACAUUGAGAGUAGACAAAACCAUCAUACCAGUAGGAGGCAGAGUGACACUGAGCUGCUCUGUGGACGGUUCUGCUGACUGGAAAUACGAGUGGUUCAGACAAACCUCUGAGUCUUCUGCACCUCAACUCAUAAGAAAUGUUAACCCAAACAGAGUCAUACGUGUUAAUCAAGGAGGCAUCUACUACUGCAGAGGAGGAAGAGGAGAAGGAGACUCAGUCUUCUACACAAAGGACAGCAACAAAGUUACUAUUCAGGAAACUGGUAUUACAGCAGAGGACUCACCAGUGAUGCAUUACUGUCUGAAAAACAGCUCAAUAUGUCUUCAUAUUCAAAAUCCACCAUCACCACCAUAUCAAAAUAGUCUGUGGAAAUUUGCUGGAAAAGUCAUUGCAUCACCAGCAUCCAUCAACCCCGACUACAGAAACAAAGUGGAUUAUGACCCUGAGAACCUAACCUUGUGUGUGCACAAUCUGACUGAGACAGACAGUGGCAUCUAUGAAGUCUCAUUCUACGACUCUGAGUUUAAGGUUUUCAGGAACUCUCACAGAGUCAUUGUUCAAGAUCCAGCAGCAGCUGUCCUCACUGUGUCUCCAUUAUGGCUGAGUCCUGGAGACUCAGUAACUCUGAGCUGUGAGGUUGAACAUCCAUCUGCAGGAUGGACGUUUUACUGGUAUAAGACUGUUCCCAAACUAUCAGACAACCACAUCUAUGAGCUGCUACCUGGUAGCAUCAAUGGGACUGAACAGGAUUCCUACAUCAUUCAUGGACCGACACACACUGCAAGAUAUAAGUGUAGAGCUGGAAGAGGAGACCCAGUGUAUUACACUCAAUACAGCAAACCUGGGUUUGUUUGGUCUGGAGAUGUUCAUUCAGCAGUGACUCUCAAAGUGAGUCCUGACAGAGUGCAGCACUUCACCUCUGACUCUGUCUCACUGAGCUGUGAAGGAAACUUUACUAAGUGGAGAGUGAGGAGGUUUCCUGAGGAUCGCUACAGGUCAGACUGUUAUUACUGGAGGUCCAUGACUGAAUCCACAUGCAACAUCGACAGUUAUCAGCAGAGUGAUGCAGUGUACUGGUGUGAGUCUGGAUCAGGAGAGUUCAGCAAUGCCGUCAACAUCACUAAAAAGAAUGCAGAUAUUAUCCUGGUGAGCCCUGUGCAUCCUGUGACUGAGGGACAGUCUGUUACUCUUGGCUGCAAACUGAAGAGAGGAGAAUUACUUUCCAACGUGUUUUUCUAUCAAAAUGACAAACUUAUCCAAAAUGAUACCAGAAGAGAGCUGAAUAUCUCUGCAGUGUCAAAGUCAGACGAAGGUUUCUACAAGUGUGAAUACUCAGGAGAAGAAUCAGCACAGAGUUGGAUGUCAGUUCAGACAGUGUCCAGACCUGAAAACUCUUCAUCUCUUAUACCAUUAAUUGUUGGGCUGGUUUGUGGAGUUGUAUUUAUUAUUCUCCUGAUCCUGUUGUAUCUCUACAGACGAUCCAGAGAUUCUCACUCUGUCAGACCAAUCCAGUCUGAGAGCACCAAUCAGGACUCUGCCACACAUCACAUGGUCAACCUGAAUGAAACUCAAGAUCACAUCUACAAUUCUCUUCUCCACGGUGAUACUUGUCUCUAUGAAUCAAUCAAAGGCUCUGAAGACCCAAAAUAGAAAAUCAGCUCCUGCAGCAACUGAUGAAGCUGUUUAUUCUGAAGUUAAACCAGGAACAGCUCAUGGUGUGUAAAGACAGCUGUGUGGACGAGGCCAA